AUGCAUGUGAGUGAAAUAGUGCUGUUAUGCCUAACGUACAGGUUGCACGCUGGAAAUGCCCAGCCAGCGCCUGCAGCACCGGGGUCUUCAGGGGCUGAGCACGAGCCGGAGCCGGAGGAGUCUCUAGCGGGAGACAAUCCAAUGGACGUGGAUCUUGAAGCGAUCCCUGAGGAAGAACCAGAGGAGGAAGAACCCGAGGCUGAACCUAAGGAUGAGCCUGCUGAGUCCGCAGAGCCUGAAGAAGAGCCGGAGUAUAUACUCCCGUAUGAACAGUGGAUGGACCCCGAGUUCGUACCUGAGGAUGAUUUCCUUGAGGAGCCGGUCGAGGAGGAGCAGGACGAGGUUCCAGCUGAGUCGGUUGAUGAGGAUAGAGAGUAUCGGAAGUAUGAGAGUACAGUUUGGAUCGAUGAUGGUGAGCAGUACUUGACAGCUCACAAGUACAUGGCUUGGUUUCUGAGGGAUGGAGCUCAGACUUUUGGUCCUCUUUGGGGAUUUGAUAUUCCCCCUGACGAUGGUUUAGGAGUGUGGGAUCUUAUGGAGAUUGAUCCCCCUGAUGGAGCUGUUGUUAAUCCUGAGUCCGAACCGAUAGUUACGGAACCCCCGGCGUGGUCCGAGGAGUCAGACCCUGAACCGGAGCCUUUGCCGCCUGGUUCUUAUAAUGAGGCAUCUGACCCGGCUUCACCAAGAACACUGUCAGGAUGCUGUAGAGGUUUUUGA